CCCGCCCCCCGGCUGCCCGCGGGGAAGGGGGCGCGGCGCCGGGCGGAAGGGAAGCUCGGCGGGGGCGGCAAGAUGGCGGCCGCCAUGGCGUGGCUGAGGCGCGGCGCGUGGGGCCCGGCCCGGCGGUGCGGCCGGAGCUACAGCGCGGGCGGCGCUCCCCCCGGCGUGCCGCUGAGCUGCCCGCUGCCCGGCGUGCCCAAGGCGGUGUUCGCCGCCGCCGAGGGCCGGGAGCGCUUCGAGACGCGGGUGACGGCGCUGGAGAACGGGCUGCGGGUGGCCUCGCAGAGGAAGUUCGGGCAGUUCUGCACCGUGGGGCUGCUCAUAAACUCGGGAUCGAGGCACGAAGCGAAGUACCUCAGCGGCAUCUCGCACUUCUUGGAAAAGCUGGCCUUCUCUUCCACAGCUCAGUUUGGCAGCAAAGAUGAAAUUCUCCUCACCUUAGAAAAACAUGGGGGCAUUUGUGACUGUCAGGCUUCAAGGGACACCAUCAUGUACGCUGUUUCUGCUGAUGCCAAAGGCCUGGACACGGUGGUCAACUUGCUGGCCGAUGUGGCGCUGCAGCCCCGGUUAUCAGAUGAAGAAAUCGAGAUGACUCGAAUGGCUAUACGAUUUGAGCUUGAGGACUUGAAUAUGAGACCUGAUCCAGAGCCUCUCCUCACAGAAAUGAUCCACGCGGCAGCCUACAGAGAAAAUACAGUUGGGCUGAACAGGUUCUGCCCAGUGGAAAACACUAACAAAAUCGACCGGCAAGUCCUGCACUCGUACCUGCGCAACUACUACACGCCCGACAGGAUGGUGCUGGCUGGGGUGGGAAUCGAGCACGAGCAGUUGGUGGAGUGUGCCAAGAAAUAUCUGCUCGGCGUGGAGCCGGCGUGGGGCAGCGCGCAGGCCAAGGAUGUGGACAGAUCUGUGGCGCAGUACACGGGAGGCAUUGUCAAGGUUGAAAAAGACAUGUCAGAUGUGAGUCUUGGCCCUACUCCAAUCCCAGAGCUUACCCACAUUAUGAUUGGGUUAGAAAGCUGCUCGUUUUUAGAGGAAGACUUCAUUCCCUUUGCAGUAUUAAAUAUGAUGAUGGGAGGCGGUGGCUCCUUUUCAGCUGGCGGGCCUGGCAAAGGCAUGUUCACUAGACUGUAUCUCAAUGUGCUCAACAGGCACCACUGGAUGUAUAAUGCAACUUCUUACCACCACAGUUACGAGGAUACAGGUCUCCUGUGUAUACAUGCCAGCGCAGAUCCAAAACAGGUUCGAGAGAUGGUGGAAAUCAUCACAAGAGAAUUCAUUCUAAUGGCAGGAGCAGUCGGAGAGGUAGAACUUGAGCGAGCAAAGACACAGCUGAAGUCCAUGCUCAUGAUGAACCUCGAAUCUAGGCCAGUUAUCUUUGAAGAUGUGGGACGGCAAGUGUUGGCUACAAACACAAGGAAACUACCUCAUGAGCUCUGUGCCCUGAUCAGUCAGGUGAAAUCUGCUGACAUCAAAAGAGUGGUCACUAAGAUGCUUCAUAAAAAACCAGCUGUGGCUGCACUGGGUGACUUAACAGAUCUGCCCACGUAUGAACACAUCCAAGCAGCACUUUCCAGUAAGGAUGGGCGACUUCCUCGGGUGUACCGGCUCUUUCGAUAAAGCAGCGCAUCCUGCAUGUAUCUGAGAGACUUGCUUUUUUUUUUUUUUUUAAUUUUUUUUUGGUUUAUAAUACUGCUGUGACUCCACUCCUUCCCAAAUCUUUCCAGGCAUACUGUGCAAACAUGGAGCUAUGCUACAGCUGAGCAAAGCUGCUUCAGAACAUUGGUCUGUGAAGGGCUCGUUACGUUGGGCUUCUCAGCCCAUCCUGGCUCUGGAUGAGUACUUUGACCAUCAACAGAAGACAGGCGUGUAUAGCCUUCUCUGGGCACUGGGGAGAACAUAGCAAGCCAGAAUAUUUGUCAGUGCAACUGAAGGCAUGUGUCUGAGAAGAAGUAAGUCACUGCUGCGUGUUACUACUAAGUGGAGCAUAGGAGCAGCCUUUUCAGCAGCAGAAGUGGGGCUGUCACGUUAGAGGCCCCGGCGUGUGCCAUUCUCGAGGAGCGCAGCGCCUGCCCUUGCUGCAGGCUGGCAGGGCAGACGCUGGGCCGUGCUGGUUGGCAGCAGGCCAGGUGGGAUUAAAUGGCAGGAGGCUUCAGGCUAAACCGCACUGUUACAGUUAGAGAGGAGGGGUGUUCACAUUCACUUUCCUUCUGAAGGCCGAUCACUACACACGUGUUAGUAAAGAACUUGCUUUACGUUACGGUUCGGUUUGGCAGGUUGUACUCCGGUGCAACGCACUGAGUUGUCAGCCAUGUAUGGCCAGAGGAUGACUGCUGUUAAAAGGCUUGGCUCACGUACCUGAAUUCAGAGACAAUUUACAGCUGUUACCAAGGUGAACAAGUAUUUGGUCAAAGUGACUUAGGCAAAUAGUUGUUGUUAUCCAUCUGAAAUCAGGUAACAAGUUCCUGCAGUCCAGGUUCUGUUACAAGCAUCAUGGAUCAGGUCAGUGUAAUUUACCCUCUGCAAUACUCUAAGACAUUGUAUGCCUGGGAAUAACUUAACUUUGGUAGAACUCAGAGGAAGGUAGACCUAUAGCAUAACUUCCUGGGGAGUCCAUAGAGGGAGAUACUAUACAUAAUGCUACAUGGACAUUCACUCUAGACUGAAAGCAAUUUUUUUACUUGAAAGUGAAUUAUGCAAAAGAACAGAAGGUUUUUUUAUGCCUGAAUUGUUAUUCAAAGGAGUCGCUGCUGCUGCACCUUAAAUUUGUACCCUACUUUUCUUCAAAUUGUCAUGCGAUUAACUUAAGGCCUUGCAAAAAGACAGAUCUUUCAGUUUUAACAGCAGCGAUGGAGCUCAGCUAGCUAGCAGUUAAGAUCAACAAUGUCUAGAAAGCUUGUGAUACUGAAAGUGACUGCCAUGGGACCGCCAUCACGUUACAGAAAGAGAUGGCAAAUAUUGGCCACUUAAUUUCAAACUGAAGAAAUGGAGACCCAGAAGAGAGAAGACAAAACAUUUUGAUUUACGUAAUCCCUUAAUAUAGGGGCUUAAAAAUGUAGGCAGCUGCAUUGCAGCAUUUCACGAGCUUGGUGUGUAUUGUAAGGAACAAUGAAAUUGGGAGCAGAACACUGAGGCAGCUACGAUCUGCUUUAUCACCGUACCUUUCUUUAUGCAAUUGGAAGAAAAGGUGUUGCUUCUUAUAGAACCCAAAAUAUGAAAGUCUUAUGCAGUUGUUGUGUAUGUUUUUAAAGAAAAUAAAGAGCCCUUGAAGUCACUGGA